AUGAAGUUUACAAGUCUCGUCUCUGGCUUCGGCCUUCUUACGGCUGUGGUAGCUGUUCCGGCUGCUUUCCCUGCACCAGAUGCAAUUCCGGAUCUUCAACCUGUUGAGCCAGCCACGCCAGCUCUUGAAGAACGAGCUGUCAAAGUCACAGUCGCUGUUCCCUCUGGAACUGUCAUCGGCUCAAGUUCUGGAAAGGUCGAUUCCUUUAGAGGAAUUCCCUUUGCGGAUCCACCGACUGGUUCUUUACGACUUAAACCGCCAAAGAAACUAUCCAAGCCUCUAGGCAACUUUGAUGCUUCAGGACUUGUUGGCCCGUCAUGUCCUCAGAUGUUCAUCUCGACUGGUGCUCAAGAUGUCAUCUCCAAGUUUCUCUCAGACUUUUUGGCUAUUCCCUUCCUUACUCCCAUCACUGGUCAGGAGGAUUGUCUCACCAUGACUGUUCAACGACCGGCUGGUACCAAGGCUGGUGAUAAACUCCCUGUAUUAUUCUGGAUCUUUGGCGGUGGCUUUGAACUUGGUUCAAGCGCUAUGUACGACGGAACCAGUCUUCUAGGCACUGCCAUUGAUCAGGACCAACCAUUUAUCUACGUUGCUGUCAACUACCGCGUCGCCGGCUUCGGAUUCAUGCCAGGUGCUGAGAUCAAGAAGGAUGGAAGUUCGAACUUGGGUCUUCUUGACCAGCGCAUGGGUCUUCAGUGGGUAGCUGAUAACAUUGCUUCCUUCGGUGGUGAUCCUGACAAGGUCACUAUCUGGGGCGAAUCCGCUGGUGCCAUCUCAGUGCUCGACCAGAUGGUUCUCUAUGGUGGCGAUGCCGAUUACAAAGGCAAGCCCCUUUUCCGCGGCGCCAUCAUGAACUCUGGUAGUGUUGCCCCCGCGGAACCUGUGGAUAGCGACAAGGCACAGGCUAUCUACGAUGCAGUUGUGCAAUCGGGCGGAUGCUCUGGAUCGUCUGAUACCCUCGCUUGUCUUCGUAGUCUGAGCUACGACAAGUUCUUGAACGCAGCGAACUCUGUUCCCGGACUCUUGUCCUACAACUCCCUCGCUCUAUCAUAUCUCCCUCGCCCAGACGGCACUGUUCUUCCAGAUAGUCCAGAAGCACUCAUCGAAUCAGGUCGUUACCACGCUGUCCCCAUGAUCAACGGCAACCAGGAAGACGAAGGCACUCUCUUUGCUCUCUUCCAGCCAAACUUGACAACCACAGCCAAAUUCGUCGACUACCUCCAGCAACUCUACUUCCAAAAGGCCACCAAGGAGCAACUAACCGCUCUGGUGAACACUUAUCCCACCGCCCUCAGCGCAGGAAGUCCCUUCCGAACAUCCCUCCUCAACGAAGUCUUCCCCAUGUUCAAGCGCCGCGCCGCCAUCUUCGGCGACUUGGUCUUCUCCCUGACCCGUCGAAUCUUUCUCCAGGCAGCAGCCGAGCAGAACCCCGAUGUCCCAGCAUGGUCGUACCUCGCGAGCUACAACUACGGCACACCUAUUCUGGGAACGAUGCACGGUUCUGAUCUGCUACAAGUCUUUUAUGGUCUCUGGCCGAAUAACGCUAUGCGCAGUAUCAGGACGUAUUAUUUCAACUUUUUGUAUAACCUGGAUCCUAACAAGGGUGUUACUAAGUAUGCGAAUUGGCCAGAGUGGAAGGGAAGUAAGAAGCUUAUGUGGUUUGAGACGGCGAAUAAGAACAGUAUCAUUGACGAUAACUUCAGGACGGCGCAAUAUGAUUGGAUUUCGAACAAUGUGGAUAUUUUGAAGGUAUAA